AUGGUGCUGCCGAUAAUCAUUGGAUUAGGAGUUACGAUAGUGGCAUUGACUGCGAGAUCAGGUAUCCGUGCUUGGGAAGCCUAUAAGCUACUCUCUCCGAUGGCUAUCGCCAGGAUGAACAACAUAAAGUUAAGAGCUAAACCCUAUCCAUACAACAGCAAGUUUCAACAAGGACGACUGAAUGAGAGUCUAAAAGCAAGAUUAGAGGAGUAUCGUGGUGGGUUUCACGGCAAAAUGACUGAAUCAGAAGCCUUGUUGAUUUUGAACAUUUCGCCUGAAGAGAUAGAAUCACUUGACGACAAGAUGCUUAAAAGGAAAUACCGGAUGAUCAUGUUACAGAACCAUCCUGAUAAGGGCGGGAGCCCAUACCUGGCGAUGAAACUCAACGAGGCUCGAGAAGUGUUGGAACAUAGCGUUAUGCUACGAAGGCGAUAA